AUGUUCUACUACUGCUGCUGUCGCCAGCAGUUUGUGGUGAUCCUCGUCUGCCUGCUCUACAUCCUACUCGUGCUCGCCUUCUUCGUCAAUGUCUUUAUCGCGGAUCGAAAUAUGCACGCGAAUCUAAUGAUGAGGAACGGCCGGCAUGGCGUUCAUGGCGGAGGUGGUGGAGUCCCUCCGUCGGCAGGCAUGCAUCCGGGUCACCACAAUCCGUACGACAUGCAUGGCUACAACCACUACAGCAACUAUCAUCCGCAAGUGGAUCCCAAGCAGCAGCAGGACAUGGCCAAGAAGACGCCGCAGCAGCAGGCUGAGCAGGACAUUUACUACUAUUUCAAUCACGUAUUCAAGCGGCGACGGCGAUGAUAUGAUAUGGGGGUCACUCACCCCGAGGAACACCCCAAAAUUUAAAUCUUUAGUGCAUUAAAUUAUACUACAUCCACUACAUACAUAGAUAUAUAAAUACUAUAUAUAGCAAAGCAGCGGAUUAUGUAAAAAGAAAAGGCAAAUUAAUUUUAAAAUUAAUAGUGAUCCAACCAAGAACCAACAAUCCGAUAUCCAACUUAUUAAAUAAACAAAAAAAAUAAAAGAAGCCACAGCAGAGUAACGAGUAA